AUGAACGGCAGCGCAGCGGAGCCGCUGUCGCUAAACGCAGGUCAGCUCCAAUCAGCAGCACAUCCCCAAACGCCUCCGAUAGUUGACUACGAUCCCAUCACGCACCUAAACCUCCUCUUCCCGCACUCUUCCACCGUAGCAUCAGUAAGCUGCGUAUCUACGGCCCUGAAAACACGCCAGAAUGAUCUCGCGACGCAAAUCUCGACCCUGGAAACAGCCCAAGCGUAUGGCCCCGACUCGUCCCUCGAGCGCAUGCAGUCCGCCCAGUCUGAGCUCGCCGACCUCUUCCGAAAGAUCGAAACAGUUCGGUCGCGCGCUAUGCAGACGGAGCAGAAUAUUACGAGCAUGACGGCCGACAUCAAGCGCCUGGAUGGCACGAAGCGGAACCUCACACUGUCCAUGACGGCCCUGAAACGACUCCAGAUGCUGACGACAGCAUACGAGCAACUACGGGGACUGGCUAAGACGAGACAGUACAGGGAAUGUGCAAGUUUGCUGCAGGCCGUGCUGCAGCUCAUGCGCCACUUCAACAGCUACAGGAGCAUCGACCAGAUUGCAACACUGAGCCGUGGGGUCAGCGAGCUGCAGCGCGAACUACUAGAACAGGUGUGUGAGGAUUUCGAGAUAGCGUUUGCGAAGGGCGAGAUUGGGAACAGGAAGGCAACGCUGGUUGAGGCUUGUGGCGUCAUGGAUGCGCUGGGCGACACUGCCAGGGCAAGGCUGGUGACGUGGUACGUCAAUACGGAAUUACGGGAAUACCGCCAGGUGUUCAGGGGCAACGAUGAGGCAGGGAGUCUAGACAAUAUUGGAAGGCGUUACGCCUGGUUCCGACGUAUGAUGAAGGGUCACGAAGAGGAACACACUGCUAUCUUCCCGCCGCAUUGGAGGGUCGGUGAGAUGCUCGCCAUGGCAUUUUGUGACGGAACAAGGGACGACUUCAAGGGCAUACUAGAGCGAAGCAUGAGAAAGACGGAUGGACCCAAGAUUGAUGUCAACCUGCUAUUGAGUUGUCUGCAAGAAACGAUGGAUUUUGAACAGAGCCUGGAAAGGAAAUUUGCGGAUCAGCCGAGGGCCAGCAUCGACACGCUCAGUUCUGCCGACGAAAGGACCCAAAACUUCAACGGAUCAAUAUCCGUCGCAUUCGAACCAUACCUGAGCCUCUGGGUCGAGUCCCAGGACAAGGCUUUGGCGGCAAUGAUACCGAAAUACAAAGCACAGUCGCUGAUACCCCUCGACGAAGAGUUCUCGGCGCAGGCCGUCAUUGGCUCUGCCAUCGAGCUCUUUCACUUCUACAAGGUCACUCUAUCCCAGUGCGCCAAGCUCUCCACAAGCGAUCGCCUGUUGGAUUUGGCCAAAACGUUUGCGAAAUACCUCGAUGAGUACGCGCAACAAGUAUUAUUAUCCAUACUACAAAGGAGCGGUCAGGCCGGUGCGUCGUUGGAGGACAUCAUCAUGGUUCUAAACACAGCCGACUUCUGGCAUACAAACACGAGCCAGCUGGAGGACAGCAUAAAGAAGAGGAUCGAUACGGAGCUGGCUUACAAAGUGGACCUCACAUCACAAGCGGACUCCUUCCUGGGUGUUGCCAGUGCAGCUGUCAUUGCUCUGGUAAACAGGGUCGAAUCCGAUUGUGAUGGGGCGUGGCGGGAGAUGAGAAAUACUAAUUGGAGUAAGAUGGAGAGCGUGGGGGAUCAGAGCUCGUAUGUGGCCGAGCUUCUGAACCACGUUAAUUCCAAGGCAGCGGAGGUGUUGGCCGUUGUGGUGAAACAGCAGUAUGCGAGGGCCUUUGCCGACAAUCUCGUGGAUCACUUGGCGAAUACGUAUAUUUACAACAUUGUACAAUGCCGGCCAGUAUCCGAGGUUGGCGCUGAACAGAUGUUGCUUGACAAGUAUGUCCUCACCAAAGGUUUCGAAAACUUGCUUUCAUAUCACAAUCCAUCCUCCACGCCGCAUACCCCACCGGCAAGCUUUGUGAAGCGUGUCAAUAAUACCAUGACACGCAUCGACCCUCUCCUGAAAACACUCCAAGUCCGGCCGUCGCCGCCAGAAGGGCUGGUACAAGCCUACCUGAUCCACAUCGGCGACCGGUCGGAUACCAACUUUAAGAAGAUCCUCGAGCUCAAAGGUGUGCGCAAGCAGGAGCAUGCGCACCUUGUGGAGCUCUUCGGCAUCCACCGUGACGGCUCCAGCAACGACAAGCUAGUCCAGCAGAGCUUGCUACUCACGCCGCUUAUGAACACCACCGGCAUAGGAAGCUCGGGUUUGGGCGCUAUGGCCAGUAUCAACCCCAGCACGGCCUUGACGGCGGCACAAGGAACCACGAGGUUCGAUGCUGCAUCGCUCGGGGAGAAGCUGCUAAAUGCGGCGCGGGAUGGUGUGGAGAGGAUCGGGACGCCCGGCCAGCCGGGGACCGGUGGCACGCCGGGGCAGCAGGCUACAAUCAAUGAGAACUUGAAGAAUAUUGGCAAGUUCUUCCGACAGGGAGGUUUGGGAGCUAGAUUUGGGAAAGGGGGUGCUGAGGCGUAG